AUGUCACAUGCAAUAAGAUAAAAAUAUUGCAUUGGGACAUCAAAUUCAAAAUCUAACGUCAUAUGCAAUAAGAUUUAAAAAAAAUAUGUAGUCAAAGUGAUGUUAGAUAUGGAAUAAUACGAGGGAGUGGUUGGCUCACGGUAUUCAUGAACGACUCGUACAGUCGUACUGAUUCGAUGAGUGGAGUGGUUGCUAUGAGCAGUAAGUAAAUCAACCCCAACAGCAUGCAUGGCAUAAUCUCCAAAAGAAACGAAUAUAGAUCCAAAAGUGGAUUAGGUGGCCCAAAACACCAAAAGCUAGCUUGAAAUCUAAUAAAGAAACGAAAAACCAAAGCUCAGGUAACAUCUCUCGGCAAAGAUCUUUCCCUUUCAAAUUCAUGAUGUGGGCUAGGAUCAUUUUCUGCACAUCAGUCUUCUUGGCCGUAUUGGUAGUCGUUCUCUUAGCCUUGUUUUCACCAAUACCCCACAAUCCUCUAUCAAAAGACCACACAAAGCCGCCUUGGCUAGCCUUGUCCUUGUACAUCCAGCAGCCAAAAGUCGGUGGCAUCGGCAUGCAGCCACCAGUGGCACAAUCCGAUGCUCCAGGAGCUUUCAUCUUUCACCGAACACUGACCGAAGGGCCAGAAAACACGUCUCGGGUGGUAGGAAAAGCGCAGGGCAUCAUAAUCCCGUCGGAGCAGUUUGCGCACUCGAAUUUCAACAUAUUGUAUCUUAGCUUUGACACGGCCGAGUACUCGGGUAGUCUUAGUGUUGAGGCCAAACAUGUGGCACACAAAGACGUUGAGGAGCUCACCGUUCUUGGUGGAACGGGCUCUUUUGCUUUUGCGCGCGGACUUGCUGUUUUUGCUCAGAGUACUUCCGGACGAGAUAAAACAACGUCGUCUUCAGAUGAUCUUGAUGCCACUACCUAUCAUGUGAGGCUUCAGCUUAGGCUUCCUAAUCAGUCUAGAAGUUUUACUAUUCCAGGCCCAGGAUGAACCGGAAAAUAGCUAGCUUGCUCAGGCCACUCAUUUCAUGAAUAUUUAUUCUUCAAUAUCUUAUUACGUACUAUAAUUUUGCUUCAUUGAGGAUUAUGAUCUCCAGUUGUUCUUUUUUUCUUCUUCUUCUCAUUAUUAAAACGUUUGAGAUCAGGUGAUGUAAUUGCAAUUAUAUAUUUAUUAACAUGAGUGCUCUUCGACGUAUUAUUA